AUGCGGCCGAGCAUUUCCAGCUCCCGGGCUGCCAGCCUGGUUCUGCAACAGAGACUGGCCUCCUUGACUAUCCAGACCCCUCGCCUCGCCGCUGCCGCCACCCAGCUCGGCCGAUCGUCCGCUCUGCAGAGCUCGUCAUCCACUUGCGUUCGAGCCGCGCUUCACACCUCUUCCCGCACCGCUCAAGCUGCACCAGCGCCGACACCUAAGCCGGCAUCCGAACCAACCAAAGCCGAGCAGGAGAUCUCCAAGUGGAAGCCCACUUCCAAGCGCGUCGGCCUGAUCGCCGUCAAGCGCGGUAUGACCUCCUUCUUCUUGCCCAAUGGAGAAAGGAUCCCGGCCACCGUGUUGCAGGUCCACUCCAAUCAGAUCUCGGCGCAUGUUGGUUUCGGCGAGAACGCCAACGAGUCCAACUAUACCGCCCUGCAAGUGGCCGCCAUCGAUACCCCGACGCCUUGGCACGUCACAAGGCAGGUCCGAGGUCAUCUCAAGAAGGCUGGUGUUAACACGGGCAAGAGGGUCAUCCACGAGUUUCCCGUCAGCGCAGACGCGCUUGUGCCGCUGGGCACGAGGCUUUCGGCCGUCCAUUUCGUGCCCGGUCAGUCGGUCGACGUGCGCGGCAUCACCAGGGGCCACGGCUUCCAGGGUGUCAUGAAGAGACACGGCUUCCACGGUCUUCGAGCGUCGCACGGUGUGUCGAUCUCGCAUCGUAGCCACGGUUCCACCGGUCAGCACCAGGACCCAGGCCGUGUGUGGCCCGGCAAGAAGAUGGCCGGUCGCAUGGGCGGCAACAAGCACGGCACCAUCCACAACCUGCUUGUCGUCCGUAUCGACGCGGAGAAGGAUCUCAUCUACGUCAAGGGCAAUGUUCCAGGACCCAAGGGUGGCGACGUGACCGUGCAGGAUGCGCGCCGACCCAGCUGGAAGGGCGAGAAGAUGUACAGGAGAGGACGACUGCCGACGGGCGAAGCGCUCUCGGGCAAGGAGCCGGACUCGAUCUACCUCGCAACAGGCGUCGACAAGCUGCCUUUCCCUGCAGGCACCAAGGCCAUCGCCGACAAGCUGCCUGCCAUCGUCGAGAUUGGCCUCACUCAGCUCAACUCGCCCAACAAGGCAUGA